AGUGAUCUUGCACACCGGGUCGUGAGAAUUUCGCCGCUAGGUUUCAGAGAAAGCAAGCAGUGACAACGGAAGGAGUGGAACGAGCGGCAAGGACGGGGGCCCGAAGGGAAUUUUUGAGGAAGCGGCGGAUAUUCAACGACUUUUCCCGUGGAAUCUCCCAAUGCUGACCGCUGUGGGGCCUACGAUGUUCGCUGAAGAACAGGACGCUGAGGGCUGCACGAGCUCUCUCCUCUCGUACUCACCAAACAACAACCCCACACAAUACACCCGCCACCCCCCAAAAACAACGACCGACCCAACCCGCUUCCUCGUCAAAGAGCGUAACUACACCCAGCAGUACGCCGGCAUCUAUUUCACCCGUCUCAGUAUGCUCCGGCCGCGCGUUUUGCAGAAUGCGAGGGAGAGGUGGUCGAGGGCGCAUGCCUCGCCAGCACAUGUACCGAAGCUCCUUGACGUGCAGAUGGGCCAGGUGUGCUAUGUUGUCGGGACCGUGUAUGUCGACAUGCCUUUGAAGCCCAAUGUGCUGGAGGAGGUUUCUGCAGAGCACUGGGUGAUUAUGCCGCCACCAAGGGAGACAUACGCUUCUGAGGAAGACACGGUCAUCUUAGAAGAUGACACUGGUCGUGUGAAGCUGACCGGGUCCGUACUGAAAGAUUCGAAGCUCGUCACUGGAAUCGUAAUAGGCGUCCUAGGCUGCGAAAACGCGAACGGCGAAUUCGAUGUCGUGGACAUUUGCUAUCCCGCAUACAAACCACAACCACUAGCAGAAGCCGCGUCGGCAGGGAAUGGUGAUCAAUACAUCGCCGUCGCGUCGGGGCUGAGUUUGGGCGACCGGAAUUUUGACAUGGAGCUGGGGAUGAUGGUGGAUUACCUUACGGGAGAGUUGGGCACGCCUGAGGACCAAAGCAAGAGUGCAUCCAUCACGCGCUUCAUCCUCGCAGGCAACAGUAUCGCAAAGCCCAAACCCGCUGAAGACGAGAAACGGCCCGCCCGCCAACGCUACGGCGCCGACCAGGCCGUCUACAACAGCGAGCCCGUGCAAGCCCUCGACACCCUCCUCGCCGAGCUCAGUGAAAACAUCCACGUCGACAUCUUACCCGGCGAAACCGACCCGUCGAAUUUUGCGCUGCCCCAGCAGUCCAUCCAUCAGGCGUUGUUCCCGAAAGCGGCGAGGUGGAGUGGGUUUGCGAGCGUGACGAAUCCGUGGGGGUGUGAGGUUGGGGGGGUUGGCAUCCUAGCAACGUCCGGCCAAACACUCGACGACAUCUUCAAAUACACCAUGGACGAUGACCGGCUAGCGAUGGCGAGACGCACCGUCGAAUGGGCGCAUGUGGCGCCGACCGCGCCUGACACAUUAUGGUGCCAUCCAUACAAAGACACAGACCCCUUCAUAAUGACCCAGCAACCACACGUGUACAUCAUCGGCAACCAACCAGCGUUCGAGACUACACUCGUCAAAGAUGCGAAAACAACCAACAGGACCCGCGUCAUUCUCGUUCCUUCGUUUGCGGAAACGAAAGAGAUCGUCGUGGUGAAUUUGAGGACGCUGGAGGUUGAGGUUGUUGGGUUUGGGGUUGAUUUGUGAGGGUGUGGGAUUAUCGUGAGGGGCGAAGAGGGAGAAUCAGGAGAUUAGGGCGAAAACAUGGGGAGGAUUGGCGCGCGCGUACGAGAUGGGCUGUUGGAUGCGGCCGGCGACACAUCAUACCCCCUUUCGUCGGCGUAUGAUCGAGAAACUGCAUCGCAUAUGUAGCCUGAAAGCGGGUUGGGGGUGAUGGGUUUUCGCUUUUAGUUUGUAAAUAGGGUAC